AUAAAAUACAAACUCAAACGGUAUUAGAAUGUUUUACUCUGAACUGCGCAUUCGCACUGUUCAGUGUACAAAUAAACCGUAGAUUUCUACAGUACAAUGUUGCUAUUCCAAAUCAUCUCAUGUCCAUGGUUUUUGAUAAGUUUCCUCGUGCCGUGUUAUGGCAGCCUGCAACUGGGCUUUUCUAAACUUCAGCGAGGACACAGACUGGACAGGAAACUGAUCCAAUCCUUCCCAGAACUCAGUUUCUUGGACUGUGUGAUAGAAUGUCUAGUAACACCACGAUGUAAAUCUGUCAACUAUUUCAAAGGGGCUAAUUUCUGUGAAAUCAAUUACGAAAAUAAGACGACAGCAGAGACUAGGUACAUGGAGAGUGCUGGAUGGGUGUACAGUGAAAAGGAGCAUUGGCCUAAGGAGCUGGCUGGAGCUUGUUCGAACUCAACCUGUGGAAUCAACCAGACAUGUAAACACAAGAGAUACUCCGAGGAUAAAUUCUUUGAAUGUGUUUUGUCAGAUUGUGGAAUACCCGAUCAAAAGGAAAUAGAUCUGAAUACAACACGACGUGAAGACGCAAUUGGUAUACACAGGAGGAUACACGCCUCAUGUUUUGACGGAUACUCCCAGUCUGGUUCAGGAUGGCUGAUUUGUCAGUCAGACGGGGAGUGGAAAUACGACAUUGUCUGUACAGAAGUUCCUCCGAACAUUGCAUUAGGUAAACCUGCCGCACAGUCAUCAACAUUACUUCACUAUCACGCCACGUAUGCAGUGGAUGGCAACAGAGGAACAGAUGUUGGUGUAGACAAGUGUACACACACAGGUGAUGGCGACACAAAUCCUUGGUGGAGGGUGGAUCUGCAGGCUGUGUACUCCAUCACAUCUGUCAGAAUACUCAACAGAGGAAAAGAUCAAUACGGAGAUGUGGCAUACAAGCUGCAGGAUGUUACCGUCACUGUAGGGCUGACAAAAUCUGAUGUCUACACUCCCUGUGGUUUCUUUGCUGGUCCCGGUACCGCGUCACAGCUAGUCGUCAUCAACUGCCCGACGUCACCACAAGGAAGAUUCGUUCAGAUCUCCAAGACAACAGAGACCCUCACUCUUUGUGAAGUUGACGUGUUUGGCGUCCCCGUCUAA